AAUGGCAUGCAAGCAAGGGGAAGUGUCGUAGUCUUUGCUUACCUCUUGUAGUCCCUUGAGAGAUGCCAUCUUUUAGUGAUAACCUCUUCUCGAUAUAAACUCAUCUUUUCUUUUUCCACAGCAUACAAACAUCAAGAUCUGGAUAUCCCUCAAUCUCCACAGCAACGAUGGCAGCUCCCCGCACAACCACCGCCCUUGUCGUCCCCGAACUCAACGGCCAGUUCGAGCUUCAAGAAGUCCGGCUCAACGACAUCCAACCAGACGAAGUGCUCGUCGAGAUCGAGGCUUUUGGAAUCUGCCACACCGAUCUCUCGUGCGCCACCGCCUUGUUGCCAUGUAGACCCGGCGCCGUGUUGGGCCAUGAAGGCGCCGGCAAAGUCCUCUCCGUCGGCUCCUCCUCCACCACCCACCUCUCCCCAGGCGACUCCGUCCUCCUCUCCUUUUCCCACUGCGAAUCCUGCCCUCCUUGUCUCUCCGGCCACCCUGCAUACUGCCACUCCUUCAACGCCCGCAACUUUUCCGGCUGCCGUCCUUUACCCGUCCUUCCCGACGGCUCUGUCGAUUCCGCCUCCCUUAAAGAUGACCCAUUCACGGACCCUUCCUAUGCAACUUUCUUCUCCACCAAAGACGACGGCAAGCCUUUGUUCAGCCAAUUCUUCGGCCAGAGUAGUUUCGCACGCCACACGCUUGUACAUAAAUCCUGCUGCGUCAAAGUUCCCCCUGGAACAAACCUACCGCUCUACGCCCCCAUGGGAUGCGGGAUGCAAACGGGCGCUGGCGCCGUUCUCCACUCCCUAGGCGUUAAAGCCGGGUCAAGCAUCGCUGUCUUUGGUGUCGGGAGCGUGGGCAUGGCGGCCGUGAUGGCUGCUGCGCAUAUCGCCAAAGCCAAGACGAUUAUCGCUAUUGAUUUGCAGGAGUCCAGACUGGAGUUGGCCAAGAAGCUGGGGGCUACGCAUGCGGUGUUGAGUAGUAGAGUUAGGCAGGAUAUCAAAAAGGAGGUGAGGAGGAUAUGUCCGCCGGUGGGAGUCGAUUACGCGGUGGAUUGCACGGGGUCGAUGUACGUGAUUAGGUGCAUGAUUGAAGCUCUGGCAACGAGGGGGAGGGCGGCGACGGUGGGUGCACCGGGUUUUGGAAAGGUGGUGGCUGUGGAUGUGAUGGAGCAUUUGACGUAUGGGAAGGAGUAUGUGGGGAGUUGUGAGGGGGAUAGUUUGCCUAAGGAGUUCAUCCCGUUCCUCAUCGACCAACACGCCAAGGGCAACUUUCCUAUGGAUCAAUUGGUUACUUUCUACGAUGUCAAGGACUACAAGCAGGCUUUGGAGGAUUCGCACAAUGGAAAGGCCAUCAAGGCUGUUUUGAAGUGGUAGGGGGACCGGGGGGGCCGUAGGGUGAUACGGAAAGUGGCAAUCGGAGAUGGGCUUGGUUGGAUAUACAAAUAAUGAGCGCUGAGGUUUGGACAUGAGGAUUGUACAUAGUUUGGGAGGAUGGUGUAUGAUAUACGUACGUAUAGGGACAAGAAGGGAAUAUGACACGAUUUACUCACCAA